CUGUACCUGAAUUGGUUGUUUUCCUCCAACAUGAGACUGCCUAAACCCAAGCCACUCGGGCUGAUUAUUUGGCGAUUAAUCAACGCCAUUUGCCAUGUAAACCUCCAGGGAGCCAGAGCCGAGAAACGGGAAGAUAAGAUUGUUAUGGAGACCGAAGAGCUGAUGAAUUUUAUUCUUGCUGAGCUCUUCCGACCCCAAGCGCACUAUCCGAUCUUAGGGAGGGUUCUCCAACUAAAGGAUAACCCGCUCGAUUGGUUUUCAGACACCCAAUUCCUGUUACUUGAAAUGCUUUCCUCGAUGCUCUCGCAUCCCAACCCUGCUCAUAAAGACAUUGAUACGGUCUUGAAUUUCAAAACACCCGACAUCGAUUUGCUUUCUCAAUUUGUGUACCUUUGGAACUCCAACCACAAUCCGCACUUCGUGCAAGAAAAUCUCUCUGUCUCAUAG